UUCCUGCUGUGAUCAGACAUCACUAGCUCUGAGCGGAGUUCUUGCUUCAACAGUGAUUGAACGGAACCCUCUCGGAGUCUCCUCUCUGUACUAAGGAAUCUCUUAUAUUCUUUAACUACUUUUUUUUGUUACUUUUGCGCCACCGAAAACCACCGAACGCUGCAAUGGAGUCCCAGUUGCGCCAGAACUUCCACCGUGACUGCGAAGCUGCCAUCAACCGUAUGGUGAAUCUGGAGCUGUAUGCGUCCUACACCUACCUCUCCAUGUCUUUCUAUUUUGACCGUGAUGACGUGGCCCUUCAUCACGUGGCCGAGUCCUUCAGGAAGCAGAGCCACGAGGAGAGAGAACAUGCUGAGAAGUUCCUGAAGUAUCAGAACAAGCGUGGGGGGCGCAUUGUCCUGCAGGACAUCAAGAAACCAGAACGUGACGAGUGGGGCAACACCCUGGAGGCCAUGCAGGCUGCGCUCCAGCUGGAGAAGACUGUCAACCAAGCCCUCCUGGACCUGCACAAGGUGGCCACUGAUAAGGUGGACCCACAUCUCUGUGACUUCCUGGAGUCGGAUUACCUGGAAGAACAGGUGAAGGAUAUUAAGAAGCUUGGAGACUACAUCACCAACCUGAAGCGCCUUGGGGUGCCCCAGAACGGCAUGGGCGAGUACCUGUUUGACAAGCACACCUUAGGAGAGAGCAGCUAAGAGGUCUCCCUCCUGAGAGGACACAACCAGUCUACUCUGCGUCUAUAUUUCCUGGUUCCACUUGUCCCCUGGGGGCUAUUCCUCAGGGGUAAUGAGAUGUGCACCUUGUAUGAUGUUACCUGUACAGCAGCAGUGACUGUGCUUGUCAGCAAGCUUCCAAUAAAGUUUUUUUUCUGCA